CUCAUCACACACACACAUACUGUACACGCUCUACACACCCAACCCCACACACACUACCUGUAGGACGACACCUCUCCCUGACAACUAGCUUACACACCCCAAACACACACACACACACACACACACAACCGACCUGUAGGAGCACAUUUGACAGCUAUCUGAACACCAUACUCACAGACCAUCUACUUGUGUGAAGACUCGUCUGUGUCAGUUGAGAAGAUGGGCAGGCAGCAGUUCUACCUGGAUAAGCUGUCACGCACCUUCCAGAUCCGCAACAAGCUGAUGCGCCAGGCCCUGGCAGAGUGCCUCGGGACCCUCAUCCUGGUGAUGUUUGGCUGCGGUGCGGUGGCACAGCUGGUGUUGAGUGGCGGGACCCAUGGCAUGUUCCUCACCGUCAACUUCGCCUUUGGCUUCGCAGCCAUGCUGGGAAUCUUGGUGAGCGGCCAGGUUUCAGGUGGGCAUCUGAACCCUGCUGUGACGUUUGCUCUGUGCCUCAUGGGAAGAGAGAAAUGGAGGAAGUUCCCGGUGUACUUCUUGGCCCAGACCAUUGGAGCCUUCUUUGGUUCGGCCAUCAUUUUUGGCCUCUAUUAUGAUGCCCUGUGGGACUUUGCUGGGAAGGUGCCUGACGAGCUGCUGGUGGUGGGGGAAAAGGCCACGGCGGGAAUAUUUGCUACAUAUCCCGGCAAGCACCUCACCAUUGUCAAUGGCUUCUUUGACCAGACCAUUGGCACCGCUGCCUUGAUCGUCUGCAUCCUGGCCAUAGUGGACCCCCAUAACAACCCCAUUCCGCAGGGCCUGGAGGCCUUCACCGUUGGCUUUGCCGUCCUGGUCAUCGGCCUGUCCAUGGGCUUCAACUCCGGCUAUGCCGUCAACCCGGCUCGUGACCUGGGGCCGCGUCUGUUCACCGCCAUCGCAGGAUGGGGCACGGAGGUGUUUACGGCGAGGCAGUGUUGGUUCCUGGUGCCCAUCUUUGCCCCGUUCCUGGGCACCAUCGUUGGGGUGAUGGUGUACCAGCUGAUGGUUGGCUUCCACACGGAGGGCGAGGUGAGAGACAGGGCUGCUCCUGCCAUCGAAGAAGAGACAGUCAAGCUGAACGACGUCACUACCACCACCAAGGACGACAAGAACGGCACAAAUGCAUAGGGCGUGUCUGUCAGGGAUAGUUCCAUUCCGUUCUAGAACAGAGCACAUUCUAGAACAGAUGGUUGCUCCAUAUGAAAUGCUCCCUUGUUCACUCUUAUGUGCGCCAAGUAGAAGAGGACAGAAUGAUGUGACUCUGUGCAACGUCCUAAGUAGUGCACUAUAUGAUGAAUAAGUGAACUUUUCAGACAUGAUUGUUGUCUGCCCAAACGCAGUACGUAAAGGUUCCAUCCUGUGUGAUAGACCGGAGAUGGGAAGCUUCAAUGUUCAGGAGGUGAAAUAAAGGGAACAAUCAUUUUGCUCCUUCCCCUGUUUGUCAGCAGCCACACGAUAUCUCCAGCUAGUUCUACCUCCUUGUCUUUCAAUAGCUCUUAACCCGCACAGAGGGCAUAGCCUACAUUUUGAACUUCCUGAACAAAAAGCUUAGACUUUUGUUUUGCUAUUGUACAGAUACACCCAAAGCAGCUCUUUUUUGGUCCUAAGUAUUUUCUUGCUCCCUUUUUUGUUUCAGUACAGUUUUAAAGAACUUGUUUUAACUGAGACUUGUAUUUUUUCUUUGUAUUAAACUUUUUAUCAAAGUUAAUUCAUUAGCUUGGUUUAGUACAUUUGCUAAACAGUAGUGCAGUUUUAUAUAUUUUUCAGGAUUUACAUGUUGUACAUUAGCCUAUUUAUAUUGAAAAGUGUUUUUUUUUUCUUUAAUGUCUCAGCGAUAUGACACCCCCUGCACUGUAGGGCCUACAGCAUAUUUCAGUGAAAUGUUUUCUGCUAUUCUUGUAUUCCUGGAGAGGACCAUAAACAUAAUGUAAAAAUGUUGACAAUAAAAGCAUUUUUGUAAACUGUAGUCUUGGCUCUGUCCACCAAAUAAUAUACAGAGCAGAUCAAUCCAAAUACUAAGACCUACACAAAGGAAUCAGUAUACUUAUCCAAAACCAAUGUUUAGUUCAGUUCCAUUAAUGUCCAGGUUAGCCUGAAUAUUUUUUGUACUCAUUAUGUUUCAUGACAUAUGUACAACACUCAACAAUGGCUGCUUUAUUUUUAUUUUAAAGAAUGUAUGUUAUACAAAAUAUACCUUUAAAAGUUUUUGAAUAAAAAAAACAUGA